AUGAAUAAUAUGUUCCCACCGAUUAAUCCUCAUUCGAGGCCUCCCUCCGAAGAUUUGCGUGGCGUUGGCACCAAUGGCACAACUGAAAUUCAUUCGGCUUCGAAACAACAACAAAUUCGACGACAACAACAGCAGACAAUCGAUCAACAACGACGGAGUCCACUUAGAAGUAAUUCGUUAUUAACGACAACAGCGAGUAGAUAUGUAACAGCAGCAGCAGCAGCAGCCGCUGCUGCUGUUUCAUCGCCUUCUGUAUCGGUUUCACCUCUUGUUCGUUCACCAUCAUUUGUGCAAAAUGGUUCUUCAGCACAAUUUGAACCCGCAAAAAUCAUUUAUCGGUCAAGUGAUUAUGCAUGGAAUGAUCAUUCCAAUAAUGUAAAUGCCUCUAAUCAACCGAUGCGUGCUGGUAGUCCAAUUAAAAGUAAAAUCGUAUCAUCAGCACGUCAUCUGACCAAUGGAACACUACAUGAAAGUACAGCAGCUACAGCUGGUGCGUCCAUACUUCAUAUACCAACACCAUCAUCUCCACAACAAAACUUUCGUGAGGACAUGAAUAAUGGAGAUUUACUUGUAUCACCUACAGCUAAAUCUCGUCAUACAGCACGAUUUCAACGUACGAAUAGUCAUUUAGAUAAAUCACCUGCUACAGCUGGCUACGGUUUACCAAUGCGAAGUGAAAGCUAUCGUUCAUCUCGUCUCGAUUAUGGCGGCAUGAGACCGCGACAUACAUCAUCCAAACAACGAAAUUAUGUUAAUUCUAAAACAUCAUUUCAUGAAGUGAAUAGUGGCGAAUUCUAUCUAACGAGUGCGCAAGAUGAAAAUAUCUACUAUCAUCCACAACAACAACAACAACAACAAAUGAGUUUAAUGAGUAGUACACAGCGUUUAAAUGGUUCAACACUUGAUAUAACAGCUAGUCGAAAACCAUUGUCACCUAAUCGAACAAAUACAUAUAAUGUUCCAAUGAAUGGAACGGCUCAACAUAAUUAUUUUACUUCAUCACAAGAACUUCAUCGUAGUGAAACAAAUAUCGAUCGAAAUAAUAAUUACGGACGUUUUACUGGACGUGGUACAACAUCCAAAGAACAAAUUGUGUCUGCACCUAAAUAUCGUCAUUCAUCAACAACACCAGUAGUAAUGUCAAACGCACCUGGUGAAAGACAUCCAUCAGCUCAAUCCUAUAAAUCUCGUGAUGCAAAUAUCUCAUAUGCGUAUACAGAUGUGAAAAAAUAUAUUGAUGAAAAUGAUUUAAUGUCACCCGAAAAAGAACAAAUUAUACGAAACUGGGUUAUCGAUGUUGAAAAACAUCGACAUCACUUACAAAAAUUUGAGUGA